AUGGUGGGCCCAGAGGCGACAAGCGAAGACGUACGGGUCGAGAAGGCGUCGGCUCGGAGAGCGGUCGAUGGAGGAUCCUCUCUCGUCGUUCGGAUGGUAGCCUUAAGCUAUCUUGGAGCCGCAAUCUACGAUCAAGCUCACACUGCUAUCAAACUGCUUCGUGAUGUCGGUGAAGAUCACGAAUUUCGCCUAUUGGCAGCUUUGCUGGAACAAGAAGAACCAACUACUGUUCUUUCUAACAAAGCACAAGAUGUUCGACUGUGGCUUGAUUUAGGUGGGCAAGAUUCACCUCCAGAAGAUGUUUACGUUGAAAAUUCGAGUGAUCUGGAAGGGACGGGUGUUACGCAGUCCUCCGACUCAUUAGCCGACACUGGAGAAAUUUCCUCGAAAUCGGACGACUUAGUUGUCCGAUCAGUGACUGCUGAAAGUGGAAACGAAGAAGCGAAAGAAGUGGAGGAAGAAAGCGAAAAAUCUGGCGAAAGGGACGAGGUUUCUGAUGACGAAGACGCGGACUUGGACCCUAAACCUCCUACGCUGAUAUUUCUUCCGAAUAACGCUUAUAAUUAUGAGUCAGGCUUCAGACGCAUUUCGGAAUUAUUUGCCGAGGAGUGCUUCACCGAGUCUGAGAAUCAAUUGGUUACAAGAUUUCGGAUCGAUAUAACAUCAAGAAAUAUGUUUAUGGUGCGCGCUUUGGAUGCAUUGCUGACUGUUACCUGGAUUCCGGCUCGCAUAGGUGUACUCAAUGUCCGUACUCCCGUUACCGCUAUCAAAACGAUAGUCGUAGCGGAAAUGGUUGAAAUCGACAAGGCUACGUAUCAUGCCCUCGAUAUUUUUGCAGAUAGUAAAAAGGCGGAGUAUAUCCUCAACCGCCUGAGGUCUGGUACAGCAAAGGUGAAACACUGGGAAAACCUUUACAAGAUGAUUUCGAAAUGCUGUGUCCAUUGGCAGAUAUAUGGAAAAUUCGACUUUCGCGAUUCGCUUGUAGAAAACCGUCUUGUAGUGAAUUCCGGUGUUGAUCCUGAAUUGGAUAAAGCGAAAGAACUCUACCGACGGCUGCCUGGAAUACUCACGCAAGUUGCACAUGACGAAUCGAAGCGUCUCCAGGCUGAUACUUGUUCGGUGGCCUAUGUGCCAAUGAUUGGAUAUUUAUUAGCUGUACCGUACGACUUCAACGUAGAGCAAUUUGAUGACCUUCAAGUGAUCUACUCUACGGAUAACACAUUGAAUGUGAAGAGUGAACGAAUGAGAGAACUCGAUGAAGAACUGGGCGAUGUGAAGAUGAAAAUAAUUGAUAAGGAAACUACCAUUGCCAUCAGAAUGUCUUCCCUAAUAUUAUCGCGUUCUGCGCUACUGCUGGGAGUUGAACGCGUUACCAUCUUUGUUGGAUGCGGCGAUUUCGCUUGCACUGACGGCAAGACAAUUGGG